AUGGCAUAUCUCUUGGGUAGGUAUAAACAACCGCUGUAUGGCCUGAUGUCAACAUAUCAGUCGGCACAGGCUGCAGAUAAUGCACAAGAACACAAGCAGGAAGCUCCUGCCGGCAUGAGUACACAACCUGGCUCACCACAUGGUUCUCACGAUCGAGCGGACAAGGAUUCACCAAACCAAAUCCAUAGGAAGCAAACAUCGUCUAAUGGCCCUGUGUCUGCAAAGGGCAAACACAAGCCCAUGCAGGAGAGACCUGCCGAUACCGUCCAACAAGAGACGUUCACCUUUUCCCCCAGUCUUGAAAAUCACACCCGCAGGACAUCUGGUAACAAGGUCAUGGGACUGGAACGUAAACCAGAUGAGACCUCAGAUGAUACCUAUCAGCCACGCAAGCCCGCCCGCCGGCUGUCUCGUAAGGACGUCAUGGAGAUGAACGGUGGUCCGCAAGAGACUUCAGAUUCAAGCGUGGAUAACGGCGGAUUCGUCUCUGAGAGCUCGGAUAACAUUGAACCCCGUAAGGCUCGUCGGAAACGCAAGAUGGAGACUAAGAUUCAAGACCACUGUACCCCGGGAACGUCUGAACAAGAAUCCCUCCCAGAAAAAAGACCCUCAAAAUUCCGUAAAACAUGA